AUGAAAGCCAUCGUAAUAAACGGUACAUCGGCGUCCGUCGUCGCCGAUCGACCAAUCCCUAAGCCACGGCCGGAUCAGAUUCUGGUCAAACCCAGCUACGUCGCGCUCAACCCAACCGACUGGAAGCACGUGGAGUUCAACCUCGCAGCUCCAGGCUGUAUCUCGGGAUGCGACUAUUCAGGAGUCGUCGAGGAGGUUGGCAGCGCCGUCACGAAGUCGUUCAAGAAGGGCGAUAAGAUUUGUGGCGUCGCCCACGGCGCCAACGCAGUCAACGUCGAUGACGGCGUCUUCGCCGAAUUCGCUGUGGUCAAGGGUGACUUGCAAAUGCAUGUCCCAGCUGGGCUUACCAUGGAGCAAGCGUCGACCUUUCCGCUCGGUGCAAUCACUUGCGGCCAGGGUCUUUUCCAGAAGGCGCUCAAAUUGAAUCUUCCUUCUGAGCCAACGACAAGUGGCGAAUACGUCCUUGUGUACGGAGGAAGCACUGCAACUGGCAGCCUCGCGUGCCAGUAUGUGAAGUUGGCCGGCUACAAGUGCAUCACGACUUGUUCUCCCAAGCACAACGAGUGGAUGAAGAGCCACGGGGUCGUUCCUUUCGAUUACAAGGACCCCAAUUGUGGUGCGAAGAUUCGAGAGUACACGAAGAAUUCUCUCAAGUAUGUAUUCGACACCAUCUCGCUCGAAGAUUCAGCAAAGAUAUGCUGCGAGGCAUUGUCUUCAGAACCUGGCUGCAAGUACGGCUCUGUCCUCCCGCUUAAGCUUCCGCGAGACGACGUGGAGGCUCAAUUCACGCUCAUGUACACGAUCUUCGAUGAAGAGUUCAGGUUUGGUCCCACGGUGUUCCCACAGAGUCAUGAGGACUUCGAGUUCGCCAAGAUGUUCUUCGAGUUGACAGAGAAGCUCCUGGCAGAGGGUAAGCUGAAGACGCACCCAGAGAGGCUGAGAGAAGGCGGUCUGCAAGGUGUACUGAAGGGCAUGGAAGAAAUGAAGUCAGGUAAGGUGAGCGGAGAGAAGUUGGUAUACAAAGUGGAUGAGACUACGUAA